CGGGUUUCUAAAACGCACAACCGGAAGUUUCUGCUAGUGGCUGUGCAGGUUUGGGAUAGAGGCAGUAGCAGCCCGGGUAUCCAGGUACUGACCCUUGACCCCGGGGUGCGCCCCACCUCUCAGGCGCGAUGGCUACAGGCGCAGAUGUACGCGACAUUCUAGAACUCGGGGGUCCAGAGGGGGAUGCAGCCUCCGGGACAAUCAGCAAGAAGGAUAUUAUCAACCCGGACAAGAAAAAGUCUAAGAAGUCCUCUGAGACACUGACCUUCAAGAGACCUGAAGGCAUGCAUCGGGAGGUUUAUGCGCUGCUGUAUUCUGACAAGAAGGAUGCACCCCCAUUGCUACCCAGUGACACUGGUCAGGGCUACCGUACAGUGAAGGCCAAAUUGGGGUCCAAGAAGGUACGGCCCUGGAAGUGGAUGCCAUUUACCAACCCAGCCCGCAAGGAUGGAGCCAUGUUCUUCCACUGGCGGCGUGCAGCAGAGGAGGGCAAGGACUACCCUUUUGCCAGGUUCAAUAAGACAGUGCAGGUGCCUGUGUAUUCAGAGCAGGAGUACCAGCUGUAUCUUCAUGACGAUGCUUGGACUAAAGCAGAGACUGACCACCUCUUUGACCUCAGCCGCCGCUUUGACUUGCGCUUUGUAGUUAUCCAUGACCGGUAUGACCACCAGCAGUUCAAGAAACGUUCUGUGGAGGACCUGAAGGAGCGGUAUUACCACAUCUGUGCCAAGCUUGCCAAUGUGCGGGCUGUGCCAGGUACAGACCUCAAGAUACCAGUGUUUGAUGCUGGGCAUGAGCGGCGGCGGAAGGAACAGCUGGAACGGCUCUACAACCGGACCCCAGAGCAGGUGGCAGAGGAGGAGUACCUACUACAAGAGCUUCGGAAGAUUGAGGCCCGGAAAAAGGAGCGGGAGAAACGCAGCCAAGACCUGCAGAAGCUGAUCACGGCAGCAGACACCACCGCUGAGCAGCGGCGCACGGAGCGUAAGGCACCCAAGAAGAAGCUGCCGCAGAGGAAGGAGGCCGAGAAGCCGGCCGUCCCUGAGACUGCAGGCAUCAAGUUCCCAGACUUUAAAUCUGCAGGGGUCACACUACGGAGCCAGCGGAUGAAGCUGCCUAGCUCUGUGGGUCAGAAGAAGACCAAGGCCCUGGAACAGAUGCUGCUGGAGCUUGGUGUGGAACUGAGCCCCACGCCCACAGAGGAGUUGGUACACAUGUUCAAUGAGCUGCGGAGUGACCUGGUCUUGCUCUACGAGCUCAAGCAGGCCUGUGCCAACUGUGAAUAUGAGCUGCAGAUGCUUCGGCACCGGCACGAGGCACUUGCCAGGGCAGGUGCGCUGGGGGGCCCCACCACACCAGCAGCGGGCUCAGCCCCGGCCUCUGCUGAGCCUGCAGUGUCGGAACCUGGACUUGGCCCUGACUCCAGCAAGGACACCAUCAUUGAUGUAGUGGGUGCACCCCUCACACCCAAUUCGCGGAAGCGUCGGGAAUCGGCCUCCAGCUCAUCUUCUGUGAAGAAAGCCAAGAAACCGUGAGGAGCCUCCAGGGUGUCAGGGGUGCUGUGGUGUAAAUAGAGCUGCUAAGGUGCAUAGGCCGCUUCAGCUUCCUUUUGGGCACUCCUCAUCCCCUGGCUGGGAGGAUGGCAGCUGGAGCUUGCCAGCGUUCCGGCCUUUAGCAGUUUCUAACCUACCAGUGUUGCCCAACCUUCACUCUGAACACUGUGGGGUUCUUGGUUUUCUUUGUAUUUGUUUUUGUACUUUUGAGGUAGGGUCUCGCUCUAGCCCAGGGUGGCCUGGAAGUCACAGCGAUCCUCCUAUCUCUGCCUCCCUCUGCCUCCCAAGUGCUGGGAUUAAAG